CCUCGGCUACGUCUCUCUCAAUUCUCUCCUCACUAUCUUCAUCUCUUCUUCUCUCAUUCACGGCCAUUGCUCUGUACCUUCCUGAUACCCCUUGAAACUAAUUUCUCUCUUCUAUCCAUUGAUAUAACUCUCUCUCUCUCUCUAUCUCUCUCUUUUGUCAAAGAUCAAAGCUGUGUUCUUUUUUGAAUUUGCCAUUGAAGCUUUGCUUUAUCAAUAAAGAAACUUCGAAACUUUUUUGGUACAAAGACCCUCAGAGUGUUUCUUUCUUUGUUAAACAUAACCAGACUUGAAAAUUCUUGAUCCAAGGCAGCAAAAAAUUCGCGACUUGAACCAGACACCAUGGCCUUAGACCAAUACAUGGAAGAAACUGUGGCUCAAAAUGACUAUAAUACAGAAGAUAAGCCAUCACUGCCAAACUGGAAAUCUGUUUCUGAGACAGCCAUAGAUUCUGAUGAUAGCCCCUCCAGUGGUUUUGAUUGCAAUAUUUGCCUAGACUCCGUGCAUGAUCCGGUGGUCACUCUUUGUGGUCACCUCUACUGCUGGCCCUGCAUAUACAAAUGGCUUCAUUUCCAGAGCAUCUCGGCAGAAAACCAAGAUCAGCACCCACAACAGCAAUGUCCUGUAUGCAAAGCCGAAGUUUCCCAAUCUACAAUAGUUCCACUCUUUGGCCGGGGCCAAACCACAAAACCCUGCAAGGGCAAAGCCCCCAAUCUCGGUAUAAUCAUUCCACGAAGACCUCCUGGUCGUGCAUGUGGUUUUGACUCACCAAGAUCACCUAUUGCCACCAGCAGUCCUCGCGUAACACCGCAAAUUCAUCAUCGGCAUAAUUAUCCGCAUCAAUCGCAACACUACUAUUCUCAGCCAGGGGGUAACUCUACUUCCCCGAUGCGAAGCCCAGGGGGCUCGACAUUGAACAUGCCUGUGCGAGAGGUCGGGAUGUUCGGCGAAAUGAUGUACUCAAGGGUUUUCGGUAACUCGAUAACCAACAUCCACAGUUACCCAAAUUCGUAUCAUCUUGCUGGAAGCGCCAGCCCAAGAGUGAGAAGGCAUGUAAUGCAAGCUGAUAGGUCGCUCAGCAGAAUCUGCUUCUUCCUCUUCUGCUGUGUAUUUUUGUGUUUUCUCUCUUUCUGACCGAAGCGUUUAUGUUUUUUAGACGUCAUGUAUACCUGUAAUUACAAGUCCAAGAUUAUACAGAUUCAGCUCGAUGCGCUUUUAGAUGUUCAAGAAAUUUUACUUAUCCCGUGCUGCGAUAUAUGUAAUUAUGAGUCCUUUAUCUUGAGCUUUAUCUUGUAACUUGAUGGAAAAUCUUGCCCGUACUGUUUUGGCCAGAUGAAUGAUCAAAGAUUUGGAAUCUCUUUCUUUCUGAGAGUUAAGAAC